AUGGCUGGUAUGCCUUCUGAGUCCAACUCUAUCAGCGAUUCCGAGGAGAAGUUGGAAUCACGUAUGCGAGCAUGGCGAACUAUGGAACAAGAUAAGGAUGGAUACAUCAGUACCAACGAUUUAGCUGCUGUGGUAACCAAGAUGGGAUAUAAGUCAGCAGUGGGACAGGCGCUGGAUGCCAGGAGCGAUAAUCAAGUGGCAGAG